ACGACGUCACAGUGACGUAAUAGAGCCCUUCAAACUAUGCGAACUGUCAUCCAAGACGCGCAGACGAGAACCCGAAAUCGAACAGCCAUUUCUCUCGUUUUCUCGUUGCAACGAUCCCGAUAGGAGUGAGGUCGCUGACGUCAGUCUGUUCUUUAUCGUCGGCGCCGAUGCUAUUUCGGGCGAUCGUACGAGUAUUUGGUAAGCUCUAUGACGUGAUUGUGACGUCGUAGUGACGUAAUUUUUGGAUGGCGUAGUCAGGUGAGGGUUAGGAUUGGCAUUGCCAAAAAUUGUUAUGCUACGCCUACAAGAAGUACGUUAGGUACGAAACUACACGAGACCCCAAUAUUCACCUGUUAAUUGUUUGUUUCUUCAUGUAACUAUUGCACAUUUAUGAUUAGAGCUCGACCGAUAUCACUUUUAGCUCUAUUUAUGAUCAUAAUAAUAACCUAAAUAUUUUAUAAUCGUAACCACCUGGAUAAUGUGUACAUGUAGACAUUCAUGAUACUGAUGAUAAAUUUAUGGAAUGACAAUGGGAAUUUUCUUGGGUGGUGACAAUCAACAUAUUAUAAUGAAUACAUAUUUUUUACUCUUUCAUUACCCAUUAAAAAAAUAAUUACGAAAGAAACAUAGGACUACAGCGAUUAUUGAGACCAGUAAAAGCUUUCAAACAGACUUUAGAAUUCAGAACUUCAAACACAAAAUGGCCACAUGCAAGACCCAAGCUGCUCCAAUUCUCGAUGAAAGUGAUGAUGAUUCAUUUGAGGAGCUUGAUGUGGACAACACAGAUGAUCAAGUGACUUGUAUCUUUACAGGUGAACCCUUUUCAUCUCCGUUAGCAUAUUACACUGCACUGAAGAACAACCAUGGAUUUGAUAUCUGGCAGAUCGCUCUUUGUGACUUAUCGUUAGACUUUUUCAGUUAUGUAAAAGUAAUCAACUUUUUGAGAAAAAAUUAUUUUCAAAAAUCCCCACCUUCGAGUGAGGAGUUGAGUGCUCAAAAAUCUGAGUGGGUUAUUGACGAUUACCUCAAACCAGUUAUAGAAAAUGAUCCCCUAUUGCGGUUUAUGCUCGACGAUGGAUCGGAUUUUGACAGCGAUGAUGAAAUUGAUUUUACGUCAAAUCUAAAUGCGACAAUAUCAAAUAAUCGUGAUGGCGAUAACAAAAUGUCUGAAAUUCAAAUUCUUCACGAAAAGCUUAAAAAAAGUGAAAAAGAAAGAAAAAACCUAUCUAUUAAAUUGACAGCAGCAUCGAAUCAAAUUUCGCAAAUGAAAUCUUUCAUGCAAGAUAUUAUACUCACAGGAGACGUGGGUAUAUAUCGUCCUGUUGCAGCGUGUCGUCAAGAUACUUCUGUUUAUGAAGAAGAAUAUGAAGAUGCAGGUUAUUUUGGAACAUACUCACAUCAUGAUAUUCAUGCCGAAAUGCUUCAAGAUACUGUCAGAACAAAUUCAUAUAAAGAUGUCAUAUUUAACAACAAAGAGCGUUUUGUGGAUAAAAUUGUAUUAGAUGUUGGCUGCGGAACUGGAAUAUUAUCUAUGUUUGCUGCAAAAGCAGGUGCAAAACACGUUUACGGCAUUGAUAUGUCUGAAAUCGCGUUUCAGGCAAUGGAUAUUGUCAAAGAAAAUAAUCUUGAUGACAGAAUAACGAUACUCAAAGGUCGUGUAGAAGAAGUUGAUCUUCCUGUUUCGAAUGUGGAUAUUAUUAUUUCCGAGUGGAUGGGUUAUUUUUUGUUAUAUGAAUCUAUGCUUGAUUCUGUGCUUUAUGCUAGGGAUAAAUGGCUUGUUCCAACUGGUGAACUUUUUCCUAACCAUUGUUCAAUAUCUCUCAUAGCCAUUCACGAUGAUAAACUUGUGUCUAGCAAUGUCACUUUUUGGAAAGACGUAUAUGGUUUCAAAAUGUCUUGUCUUCGAAAACAAGUUUUAUCUGAAGCAACAAUUCAAGCGUUAAAUCCUUCUUCUGUCAUGUCCGAACCAUGCGUGGUCCAUAGAAUUAAUGUUGGAAAUGUUCAAUCGAAAAAUCUUAACUAUAAAUCUGAUUUUUCUUUGAAAAUAAUAAAAUCUGGAUCAUUUUCUGCUAUUGCUGGCUAUUUUGACAUCUUCCAAAAUCAUUCGGAUAAAAGCGACCUAAUGUUUUCAACUUCACCUUGUUGUACCCCCACUCACUGGAAACAAGCGGUCUUCUUUCUAGAUGAAAGUAUGAAUGUGUCUGAGGGAGAUAUUAUUCAUGGAAAAAUAGAUUGUCAUAAAAAUGUCAAAGAUCCCCGAUCUCUUGUUAUAUCGUUGACUGUCAAUGAUAAGACACAAUUAUAUAAGAUUGAAUAAUGAUUACAUAGGAUGGUUUGAUGAUGUUAUGAUAAAAUUAGAGAAUGAAGUCUUUUAUGUUGAGUGCGAAUGAAUUUUAGUAAAAAAAAGGUAUGUUGAAAAUUUUCACCAUACUCAUAGAUCAGUUUUGACACAAUACACAUUUUUAACUUCUCAGACCUACAUGUUUUUGUGGUACCAUGUUUGCUUUCAAUGGCACAAAAGUUUCAUUUCGGUGCUGUCAUAGAGUGUAUUCUGUAUCGCAUCGUGGUUCUAUAUUUUGAGAUUCUCCAAUUAACUCCUAUGAUUAGUUGUGAAUAUUUAAUUUGUUGAAUGUUUUUUUUGUAUAUGAUUUAAUUUUGAAAAAUUUAGUUCAAAUUCAUAAUAGGCCAACGGUUUUAACUACUGCCACAAUACACCAACUCAAACAAUGUUUCAUUGACUUUAGUAAGCUAUUUUAACUAAUUUUAUUCAAUCUGCCUAAUGUUUUCAG